AUGUUGAUGCUGAUGUGGAUUACAGUGGUGCUUUUUAAUACAGUUGGUAAGUUUGUAAGUCCUGCACAGACAAACAGGGUCAGUCAGCCAGACUCAGUGAUCACUGCUACUGUUGGUGAUAAUGUUACUCUGCGUUGCUUUCUGCUAAAAAAGGAUCACACUGGUCCCAUCGUUUGGUACAAGCAAACGGCAGAACAAGGACUUUCUUUAAUUGCCUCAGUUCAACAGGAUUCCAGUUAUGAAGAAGAUUUUAGACACCCCAGGUUCAAUAUAAAGAGAGAAAAAGAGAGCUUCCAUUUAAAUAUUGCCAGCGUGGAACCUUCAGAUGAAGCCAGUUAUUACUGUGGCUCUAUUCAGUUUUUAACAUUGUUUGGGAAUGGAACAUUUUUAUCAGUAAGAGGUGAUGAAGAUGUGAAGGUAUCAGUUAACCAACAUGCUGAGUUGGACUCGGUUCCUGCAGGAGAAUCAGUAAAUCUUCAGUGCUCUGUUUUGUCUGAGAGCAAAACAUCAGAACAUCAAGUGCUCUGGUUCAGAUCUGCUGAACCACAAUCCCAUCCUCAAAUCAUUUACACUCAUCACAACAGCAGCCAUCAGUGUAAGAACAGCUCUUCUACAUACAGCUGUGUGUACAACUUCUCCAAGAACAUCCUCACCAUCAAUGAUACUGGUACCUACUACUGUGCUGUGGCCAUAUGUGGAAAAAUCAUUUUUGGGAAUGGAACAACUGUACAGCUGGCAGCAUCUGUGGAUUCUGUUGUGAUCUACGUAGCAGUCAUUUUGGGAGUUCUGGUAGCUGUAUUCUCCGUUCUGGUUGUUAGCUGUAAAAUGAGAACAUGUGAACACUGCAGAGUGAGAUCUCAACAAGGUUCUGUGGUAGAAAAAUCAACUGACCAGGACUGUGAUGCUGCAGAGCUAAAUUACAUUGCCUUACAUUUUACUGAUAAAAAAGCAAAAAAAGAGAGAGGAAAGAGAAACCCAGCCCAAGACUGUGUUUAUUCUACAGUGAGGGACUCUUUUGCUACCUAG